AUUAUCAAUCUUAUCUGACAAAGGUAGCUACAGUUACGCGAAAACCUGUUUUGCGAUCUGGUAGGACUAAUAGUGCCGCAAUGAGAAAAUUCUGCAGCAACGUUUUCACAUGUUUCAUCAUGAUUUGCAUCGGCCAGGUGACGGCAAACGACAAUGGUACAACACUGGAUGAGGAAUUUAGACUAAAGGAUAAUCUCCUGUCACCGGCCCGGUACAAUCCUAUUGUUCGUCCGAAACGAAACCACUCGGAACCACUAGUAAUAUUUAUCACAUGGACGUUUAUCACUCUCACACACGUGUCAGAAAAGGAUGCUACGUUAUGCCAUGCUGCUUCAACGACGAUUGAAUGGACCGAUGAAUACCUGACCUGGAAUCCGGAUGAUUAUGGAGGACUAAAUAAAACUUAUGUAACGGGCAAGCACAUUUGGACGCCGAAACUGAUGGGUUCUAAUGCAAUCGGAUCAAACUUCCUGGACAACAUCCUUGACGAUGCAUAUCAUAUUACGUCACGUGGUGCUGUAUCUGUUUCGACGUCCGGAGUUAUAUGUGUUUCCUGCUCUAUGAACCCAGAAGAUUUUCCCUAUGACUGUCAGACAUGUUUUGUAAGAUUAAAUUACGGAAUUAAAGCGAAGGGUUAUAUCCAGUUUAAAGUCCCUGACUACUUCAGAAACACUUUUCCAACCUACGUAAAUCACGUAUGGAGCUUGGUGUCGACGUCUUUGGAAGUUCCGGAUACGAAUGCAGGCACCGCUUUCCAUUUUGAUAUUGUACUGAAACGAAAACCGACGUACUUUGUGUUCAUCAUAGUUGUUCCUUCAGUAAUUCUGUCUGUUGUGACUGUGGCUGUGUAUUUCAUACCGGCGGAGGAAGGCGAGAAGAUAGGCUGUGGGAUGACUAUUUUACUCACGUUUAUGGUAUUUCAAACUCAGAUGGCGGAUUAUCUACCGGAAAACUCAGACGUUACGCCAAUUAUAGGCUUGUAUUUCAUGAUGAUAAUGGCCAGCUGUAGUUUGGUGACGAUUGACUCUAUAAUCAUGUCUAACCAUAUACCAGCAUCUAAUAUCACCACCGAAAACGACGAAGGGGAAGGUGUCCAGAAAACGGAAGAUACUGGCUUCGUCGGGAUAAAGAAAAGAGCUCCUAGAUUAAACAGAUGGUCACUGUGUCACUAUACCCUCGGAGCGAUAUCAUUUCUGAUAAUUGCAGCGGCUCACGUUCUACUUCUUGAAAAAAGUGUGUCGGCUAGUUGUGCUUCCUGAUAUCAAUAUAACUAUGUCUUGGUGCAGACUUCCCAGUGUAGCACACAGAAUAUCCGUUGGUGUGUUCUUUUUGGUUUUAAUGCUCAAAUUGUUUACAUGUGUUGUGAGGUACACCUUUUUAAAUGACACAUAACAAAGGACCGAAGUAAUAUCAAUAUCCUUCCCAACAAAUAUUGAGAAUGUAGUUAUACAAACACGUUUUCCAAACGUACACAACAAAAUCCAUGAAGGUCAUGAUACCAAAACCCCUUUCCAAAACGCUCUAAGAACGUUACAUUGUAUAAACAUCCCUCCAUUAGGAGCACACCAUGUACUAAGAAGGUCAUAAUGACAUCACCCUGCAAAACAAAAAAUGUAAAACCUCUUACAUCCAUGGUAGAAAUAACGAGUACAAUUUGUAAACAGUAUAAUACAAGAUGUAUUAUAAUGCGAGUUUGAAGAAUUUAUUAUAUAUAAUAUUUUAACUCGAACGGUGAAAUGGGGUUAUACCAUUUCGCAGCGUUCGUCGUUCUUUACAAUUCUUCUUUUCCAGAACGACUUAAUGGAUUUUAAUAAAAAAAAAAUGGCCUGAACAUUUUUUAGACGAGGAGUUGAUUCGUUUAUCUCUCCUUUGACAUACAGGCGGGAACCAAAAGAGUAAAUUAAUUUCAUUAUGACAUCAACAAGCAAGUAUAAAUUAGAUAUGACGCCCAUAUUUGCCCGAUAAACUUCACAUCAAUGUUAUACAUUUAUAUAGUGACGAAAUAAAAA